GCGAGAUGAUUUUACAUGUGUGUGUGCUCUGUCGAAGUGACAUUUCAACCGCAUGUUGAACAAAUUGUGAAUGUGUAAGCAAAUUCUGACAUUUGGUACCGUCCAUCUUUCUUUUUUUCCGAGUCGUCUGCACUGUGAGGUUAGUUCGACUAGUUCUAUUGCCUACUUAUAAAAAUGGCCAAACCAAAGGUUGAGAAGAGAAACAAAUCGGCAAUCAACGAAGUUGUGACCCGUGAAUGCACCAUCCACUUGUCGAAACGCGUACACAACAUUGGUUUCAAGAAACGUGCUCCACGCGCCAUCAAAGAAAUCCGCAAAUUUGCCGAAAAAGAGAUGCGCACCAAGGAUGUCCGUAUUGACACCCGUUUGAACAAGCACAUUUGGUCAAAGGGUAUCCGGAGCACACCAUUCCGUGUACGUGUUCGUUUGGCCCGCCGACGAAACGACGAUGAAGACUCAGCCAACAAAUUGUACACAUUGGUCACAUACGUACCAGCUGAAACAUUCAAAGGCUUGCAGACAGAAAAUGUUGAAUCAAACGACGAAUAGAUGUGAGGCGAGCGUGCAUUUUUUGCUUGGAUGAUACAAACAAGAAAAUUCAACACUUGAAUUUUGUUUCUUUCGAUUUUCAAUUCCAUCGAAUUUUUUUAUUUGUUCAUUAACUGAAAUGAAGUUUUAAAUAAAAUGAAACAAAUGAACCAAUCAUAAAGGCA